AUGUCCCACCGUGAGAAGUUGGCCAGCUCUAAAGUACAGUGCUCUUCUUCUUUAACCGCCACAUCCGCAACUGCAUCUCGAGGAAUCCCACCACGUAAACGCGGCAGGCCCAAGACCAAGGUUGAGGAUCUGACGCCCAAGCCGAAGCUGCUAGAUAAAUUGCAUGCGGCGACCUUGAACGAGGAGGCCAGCGAGCCGGCGGUGUACGCAUCUACCACGAAGGGCGGUGUCAAGCUCAUCUUCAAUGGCCACCUGUUCAAAUUCUCGUUCCGCAAGGCGGACUAUUCGGUGUUCCAGUGCUGCUACCGGGAGCACGGCGACGAAUGCAAGGUGCGGGUGGUGUGCGACCAGAAGCGGGUGUUUCCCUAUGACGGCGAGCAUGUCCACUUCAUGCAGGCCAGCGACAAAAGCUGUCUGCCCUCACAGUUCAUGCCCGGCGACUCGGGAGCCAUAUCUUCGCUGUCGCCCAAUAAGGACAACAAGGUGGAACUGCUGAUCAAGACCACCACCAAGCUGGAGAGUUCCGACGCCAAGGAGGAUGAAGAUUUCGAGGAGUUUGAGAUUCAGGAGAUCGAUGAGAUCGAGCUGGACGAACCGCUGCCGGACAAGUUGCCCGCCAAGGAGGAGGAGGUGGACCCCAACGAUUUUCGCGAAAAGAUCAAGCGACGUCUCCAGAAGGCUCUGCAGAACAAAAAAAAGUGACACUAAAUUUGCCUACAAACUCAUAUUAUACUUUCUAUAUCCACCUGAUGUGAGGAUGGAGGCCCCAAAUAUUUCCAAGAAGGGAUCAAGCGACGCCUGCAAAAACCCUGCACAAAAUUACGAAGUGACACUGAAUAUGCCUUACAGUUUCAAUUUAUAUUUUCUAUAUUCAUUUGGGUUUUAAAUACCCCUACUAAGCAGUACAUUAAUAAGUUUUUCGUAAUAAAACGAUGUCAAUAAAUCA